AUGCGAAUGUCAUAUCCAUCUAUGGCCACUACUCCUGAAAUAGAGAUUGCUGAAAGUGGGACAAUUUUGGACAAUAAAGGAAAAUUCACUGAUCUAAAGGCAAUGCUUGACAGCAAUAAAGAAAAUGUUAAAAUGGAUGCAAUGAGACGGAUAAUUAAUAUGGUUGCGAGGGGUAAAGAUGUUUCUGAUUUAUUUCCUGCUGUUGUAAAAAAUGUUGCGGCAAAAAAUUUGGAGCUGAAAAAGUUAGUUUAUGUAUAUUUGGUUCGUUAUGCUGAAGAACAACAAGAUUUGGCACUUUUAUCAAUCAGUACUUUUCAACGAGGAUUAAAAGAUCCAAAUCAAUUAAUUAGAGCAAGUGCUCUUCGUGUUCUUUCUUCAAUUAGAGUACAAAUGAUUGCCCCUGUAAUGAUGUUGGCUAUUCGAGAUUCUGUACGCGAUAUGAGUCCUUAUGUCCGCAAAGUUGCUGCUCAUGCCAUUCCAAAAUUGUAUGCACUUGAUCCGGAAUUGCAAAAUCAAUUAAUUGAAUGCAUUGAUUUUUUGCUAGGUAUUUUUAAAAUUUAUUAAAAUUCAAGUUUUAACUGAAUAUUUAGAUUUUCUGGCAAUUUUGGAGAUUUUUUUACAUUUGUCUUUUUAAAAGGGGCUCUCUAAUAUUUACAUUUAAUAUUUUCUCUUUUAUUUUUGAUGUGUUUCCAAUAUCAAUGUCCCCUUAUUUGUUUAACUACUUAAGUUU